UUUCUGCAACAUGUCCGACCCCUAGCUCGUGAAAGAUCAUGAGCCCAGACCUGGUUGGGAUCCCGCACGUACUCUGUGUUUCUUUUGUCUUGGAAGCGGCAUGAGUAAGUCCCACAUCAGUAGCAACCAUUCAGACGUUGGCUUUGCUCGCGAUUUAUCAGGGCCUUAACUGGAUCGCAAGAUUCGCGACAUGGAGCUUCCGAAAUACGCUCAGCGACCUUCCAGAGAAGGCGCCGAACUUGGGGAAGCAAUGAAGCAUUACAUGCCCCAUAACUACCGGCACCUUACCUUGCUAUAUGUUCAUCGAUGCUUUUUUGCGGAAGCUGUAUCAAACAACCCCACAAACUCCAUGAACAGCCCAUACGCUCCAUCGUUCCUUGCAGGGUACCGCAGUGCCUGCGAGCUGAUUAGCGGUCUUCGUAGGCAGUUCGACUUGUUCCCAGCACAGAUCGCCCGCUUCUGGGUUCUAUGGGCCCACGCGUUUUCCUCAUGCGUUUUGCUGUCUUCCGUCGUUACGCAUGCAUCCGGCGCCCACUUAGUUUCCCGUCUGCUCUCGAAGGUCGCGCGAUUUCAUUGUCCAUUACUCGGACGCGUUAUAUACGAGUCUGUUGUAUGUAUCUAUAUAGCUGUGCCUGUAUCUAGCUAGCACUGAGCAGUGCACGGCGCGAGUAUAAUAU